UUAAAUUUUAGGGUUUAUACUUUUGUUUUUGAAUUCGUGACUAGGGAAAUAUUUUGUUUUAUUAUUGAUAUUGUUGUUUUUUAUGUGUAAAUAUUGUUUUUAUGAUUAGUUUUCCGGGAAGAUUUUGUUUUAGUUUCCUCCUUGAAAAUAUUUUGUGAUUCCUUGGAGGAUUUUUAGUUUUAUGUCCUUCGAUUAAAAGUUUGAUAGAAGACAGUGGAAGAAAAAAAGUCAUUACUCAUACCCUAAAUAUCAAUUAAAACCCUCCAUUUUUUCUUGUUGGGUUCUUUCUAUGUUUUCAAUAUUUUCACGUCAAAAAGAUUUUUGUUUCCCUAAAUAACGAUUCAGAAGAAGAAUAAAAAGGGGAAACAGGGUGAUAAUACUUCAGUGUUUUGUUUGGGAUUCUUAUGGGAAUACCAAAUACCCCAUUACUUGAUCUAAUAAGAAAAGUUAGGUCUUGGUUUUCUUGGGAAGAAAAUUAUCUUUCCAGUUUUACUGGUGACGAAUUUGGGUUGCUGAAAAAGGGUGUUUGCAGAAAAAAUAGUUAUUGUGAAUGUGAUAUGGAGUUAUUCAAUGAAUUCUCUAAUCGAUACCAUUGCCGAAGCUGUGGUCGUUGGCUGUGUUCUAAAUGUGUUGAAAGAUACAAAUCAUAUAACAUGAAGGGUAAUGAAUUUUCUAGGAUGAUGAGUACUAAGUUUUGCAAUUUUUGUUGUGAUGGGGUUAGCGAGAGGCGAGAAAGUGGUGGAAGAAAGUAUUGUGAGAAAGUGCAUCCUUCUAAGUCUCUCCAGGAGAUCUCGGAUCCGCCAUCACCCUGUUCUUUGAAUAGCGAAGCUUGUGAUUGUGGGCUUUCUAUGCAGUCGGUAACUAGCCAGAGUAUUUCAUUUAGUACUCAUCCUUCUUCUGUAUCUAUUCGGCAAUCUCCCUGCAGGAGUGAUGAAGAAGAUGCUGAUGAUUCUGGUAAGCAUUUUUUGAGCCAUUCAACUGACUAUUGCCAGGAUGUUUCAGAUAUAGAUUCAAAUAGUAUUAGUGCUAGACUCGAGUCUUAUAGUUUUAAGUCGGCAGGAUCAAGUCCUUCAGUUAGUCCCUCUAGGAGCAAUUUUACUCCUUAUAGGGUUGGGAUUUCUGUACAGAAGAGGCCAGAAGGGAGCCCAAUGGCUCAGGAUGUUGGUCCCUUUUAUCAAAAAAAGAGGGUUGCUUUAAGAAAGCCAGAGUUAGGGAAUGAGGAACAGGAGAAUAUUGUUGUUUACUCUGAUGAUCCUAUACAUCGUAAUCAAUAUGUAAAGUCACAUAAACCUUUGGAUUUUGAAAACAAUGGUCUAAUAUGGUUUCCACCACCACCUGAGGAUGAGAAUGAUGAGGCAGAGAGUAACUUCUUUGCAUAUGAUGAUGAAGAUGAUGAAAUUGGGGAUUCUGGUGCUAUGUUCUCUUCAAGUAGUAGCCUUUCAAGUGUGUUCCCAGCAAGGGAGAAACAAAAUGAGGGGAACAAGGAACCUCUCAAAGCUGCAAUACAUGGGCAUUUUAGGGCUCUGGUCUCUCAACUUUUACUGGGUGAGGGUAUUAAAGAUGGUAAAGAAGAUAAUGUUGGGGACUGGCUUGACAUUAUAGCUACAAUAGCAUGGCAAGCUGCAAAUUUUGUGAAACCAAAUACUAGCAGAGGAGGCAGCAUGGAUCCUGGGGACUAUGUGAAGGUUAAGUGUAUAGCAUCAGGAUCUCCCAGUGAAAGCACUCUUGUCAAGGGAGUGGUUUGCACGAAAAACAUAAGACACAAGCGCAUGAUCUCACAGUACAAAAAUCCUAGAUUACUUCUUUUAGGAGGUGCCCUUGAAUUUCAAAAAGUUCCAAAUCAACUGGCAUCAUUUAAUACAUUACUUCAACAGGAAAAUGAUCAUCUCAAGAUGAUGAUUGCAAAGAUCGAGGCUCUUCGCCCUAAUGUUUUGCUUGUUGAAAAGAGUGUUUCUUCAUAUGCACAAGAGUAUCUACUUGCAAAGGAAAUAUCAUUAGUGCUCAAUGUGAAAAGGCCAUUACUAGAUCGUAUAGCAAGGUGCAGUGGUGGUCUUGUUUGUGAAUCAAUUGAUAAUUUAUCUACCACACGAUUGGGACACUGCGAACUGUUCCGUGUGGAGAAAGUAUCUGAAGAACAUGAGACGUCCAAUCAGUUAAACAAGAAACCAUCGAAAACACUGAUGUUCUUUGAUGGUUGUCCCAGGCGCUUAGGUUGCACGGUCCUUCUGAGGGGUAGAUCUCGUGAAGAGCUAAUGAAGGUUAAACAUGUUGUCCAGUAUGCUGUUUUUGCCGCCUAUCACUUAUCUCUUGAAACUUCUUUCCUUGCUGAUGAAGGUGCUACUCUUCCUAAGACGAAGAUAAAACAUUCAAUCGCUGGGCCAGAGGAAAUGCAGAUUGGUAAUAGUCAAUCCAGUUUGAAUACAAUAGUCAAUGCUUCUGCUCUAAAUGACUCAUCUCUGAGUCUCAAUCCGGAGCAAGGAGGAUUGGAAUCAUGGCUUGAUCAGGGUGAUCAAAGCCAUUUCUUCCCUUCUUCAGGUGGUUCUGUUCUUGAUGCAUGCAAUGAUGAUUUGACACCUAUUGUGGGUAUGGGCUUGUGUUCUUUAGAACAAAUGAAGGAUUUAAAUAUGUCUACUAUGUUACCCUGUGAUAUUAGAGAUUUUCCCCGAUCAGAGUUGCUAGAAACCACGACUGAAGAUGAGAGGCAUCUUGACGAGAUUAAUGAAUUGGAAAAAUCUGAAAAAAUUCAAGAAGAUGAAGCUUCCAGUGAAUAUUAUUCAGCAGCUGACACACACCAGAGUAUCUUGGUUUCCAUCUCAAGUCGGUGUGUGCUGAAAGGUACUGUGUGCGAACGUUCACGGCUCUUGCGAAUAAAGUUCUAUGGAUCAUUUGAUAAACCACUGGGAAGAUACCUUCAAGAUGACCUGUUUGAUCAAGCUUCUUGCUGCAGGUCAUGUAAUGAGCCAGCUGAAGCCCAUGUCAUAUGCUAUACGCACCAGCAGGGAAAUUUGACAAUCAACAUAAGGUGCCAUUCCUCUCUUAAGUUACCUGGUGAACGGGAUGGUAAGAUAUGGAUGUGGCAUCGAUGCCUGAGGUGUGCUCAUAUAGAUGGGGUUCCUCCAGCAACUCAUAGAGUGGUUAUGUCUGAUGCUGCUUGGGGACUUUCUUUUGGAAAGUUUUUGGAGCUUAGUUUUUCAAAUCAUGCAACUGCUAAUCGUGUUGCAACUUGUGGUCAUUCAUUGCAGAGGGAUUGCCUUCGUUUCUAUGGAUUUGGAAACAUGGUUGCAUUCUUCCGCUAUUCCCCAAUUGAUAUACUAUCGGUGCAUUUGCCCCCAUCCAUGCUUGAAUUUGGGGGAGAUGUUCACCAGGAGUGGAUUAGAAGAGAGGCAGCCGAGCUAAUGGUCAAAAUGGAAAUGUUGUAUACGGAGAUAUCUGAUGCACUUGACAACAUUGAAUUGAAGAGUAAAUCAUCAGAUGCAAGUGAGUUAUCAAAUCACGUUAUGGAACUGAGAGAUCAGAUUCGAAAGGAGAGAAAUGAUUACAAUGGUUUGUUACAACCAGUUAUUAUGGAGACGUCAAACCUUGGUCCAGCCGCCGUGGACUUACUAGAACUGAAUCGCAUAAGACGUUCACUUCUUAUAAGUUUGCAUGUAUGGGAUCAGCAACUUAAUUCAUUGGACACUUCUCCUGGGAAAAAUUUUGCUUUCAAAGCUGAAGUUGAUCUCUUUGAGGAUGGAAAUCUUGGUGCUCAUGAAGAAAACACCUGCAGAUCCUCAGAUUCAGUGGAACCUCGUAAGAGCAACGCACAGCUGGAGCAGAACUCUAGUUCACUAUCCUUGGAAUCCAAUGUGCCUGAAAAGAGAGAAGAGAAUGGACAUCCGGAUGAAAGAAUCCAUUCCCCUGCAUCUACUUUAUCUGAGACAAUAGAUUCUGCUUGGACAGGUACCGAUCCACUAAUGUUGAAAGUUAAACCUUCAGAGGCAUCUCGGGGAGAUGAGCUUCAAGCUGGUUUGAUCAGGCCAAUAAGUAAAAUGUAUAACCUUCCUUUGAGGAAGGUUGCUGCACCAAUGAGGGUUCAUUCUUUUGAUUCUGUGUUGAGACUCCAAGCAAGAAUUCAGAAGGGAUUGCACCCCUCAUCAUCGCAUUUCUCGACUCUUAGAUCUUUCCAUGCUUCUGGAGAUUAUAGGACCAUGGUGAGGGAUCCUAUUUCUAAUGUAACAACGACUCACUCCUAUACAUUGCCACUAGAGGCACAAAAGUUGAAUCUGUUACUCAGUUCCACACCUGCUUUACUCACCUCUGCAUCUCGUGUUGCUGAAGGGGCUCGGCUACUUCUUGUGCAGAGGGGCCAUAGUGAUAAUGUUAUUGCCAUUUAUGAUGAUGAUCCUGCAAGUAUAAUAUCAUAUGCUCUUAGUUCCAAAGAAUAUGUUGAAUGGGUUGCUGAUAAUUCCAAUGGAAUUGGAGGAGGUUGGAAUGUCGGUGACAGGAGCAAAGAAGAUUCUGCAGCUUCCAGCUUUUCACCCUGGCAGUCAUUUGGUUCUCUUGACCUGGGUUAUGCACAUUAUGCAAGUUUUGGUUCUGAAGAUACCCAAUCAUCUAUGGGUGAUAUGUUUCCUGAUAUGAAAAGGUCUCCCCAUUUAACAGUUUCUUUUGGAGAUGAUUCUUCUGCUGCUGGUGGCAAAGUGAAGUUUUCUGUGACAUGUUAUUUUGCAAAACAGUUUAAUUCUCUUAGAAGAAAGUGUUGCCCUACUGACAUCGACUUUUUGCGUUCCUUGAGCCGCUGCCAGAAAUGGAGUGCACAAGGGGGGAAGAGCAAUGUGUAUUUUGCCAAAUCUUUAGAUGAAAGACUCGUUAUAAAGCAAGUUCAGAAAACAGAGCUGGAAUCCUUUUAUGAAUUUGCACCCGAAUACUUCAAGUAUUUGACAGAUUCUCUUAGUUUGGGAAGCCCAACUUGCCUUGCUAAAGUUCUUGGUAUUUUUCAGGUCUCUGUAAAACACCUGAAAGGUGGAAAAGAAACAAAAAUGGAUCUUGUGGUGAUGGAGAACCUAUUUUUCAGAAGAAACAUAUCUAGGAUAUAUGAUCUCAAGGGCUCUGCAAGAUCACGAUAUAAUCCAGAUACAACAGGGAGCAACAAAGUACUGCUAGACAUGAAUCUGUUAGAAACAUUGCGAACAGAGCCUAUUUUUCUUGGAAGCAAGGCAAAGAGAAGUCUCGAGAGAGCUAUUUGGAACGACACAGCUUUUUUGGCAUCUGUUGCGGUCAUGGACUAUUCAUUGUUGGUCGGAGUGGAUGAGGAGCGGAAAGAGCUUGUUCUGGGAAUUAUUGAUUUCAUGAGGCAAUAUACCUGGGACAAACACUUGGAGACAUGGGUUAAAGCAUCUGGGAUACUGGGUGGGCCAAAGAAUGCAUCCCCAACAAUUAUUUCUCCUAAACAAUACAAGAAAAGAUUCCGGAAGGCUAUGACGACAUAUUUUCUCACGGUACCUGAUCAAUGGACAUCAUGAUCUGUUUCUUCAUUGAUUAAUUGGUUCAUUAAUAAGGACUAACCUUGUGCACAUGGAGAAGGAACAAAGUUAACUUUAGAGGGGCUCUUUUUAAUGACCUCUAAAGGAAAGGAAGAGUUGAGGGACCCUUGAUAUUUAUCUCUUUAUCUUGUGCAUCUGCUAAAAGUUUCCUGGAAGAAUCAAAGGGCCUU